AUGGCUACUGUUGGACUGCCAAUAUGGUUCACUGAACUUGAUGUGGUUUCUAACAAUGAGCAUAUCAGAGCUGAUGAUUUGGAAGUUAUGCUUCGAGAAGUUUUUGCUCAUCCAGCUGUAGAAGGUAUAAUACUCUUUGGUUUUUGGGAACUGAAUUUGUUUAGAGAAAAUUCACACUUAGUGAAUGCAGAAGGUGAUCUCGAUGAAGCUGGUCGAAGAUACCUUGCCCUCAAGAAUGAGUGGCUUACUCGGGCUCAUGGUCACAUUGAUGGACAUGGACAAUUCUCCUUCAGAGGAUUUCAUGGUUCUUAUGAACUGGAAAUUAUCAGUGCAACCAUAAAUGCUACCACGACUUUUGUUGUUGACAAGGGCAAUGAUCCGCUUUGGAACUACUUCCUGAAAAAAAGCCCUCCUUUGGAUUGGAUCCCUCAAGGCCCAUCGUUGUGCUCUUUCUUCUCCACUCUUUCCUUCCCGUUUUCAAGCACUCAGAACCUACUCCGGCGACAUCUUGAUGAAGAAUCGGGUGAUAAUGACGAGCUUAGUGGACCACCAAAGCUCUUUGUGGUUCAGCCCCGGUUUAGGCCGGAGCCCGUCUUGCAAUCAAAGCUUGACGAGGCUUUGAACUUGGCGAAUUCACUGGAACAACAGAGAAAUGGAUACUAUGCCACUGAGUUUUCCGAUAAAGAGCUGCCCCCUCAUAUGAUUGUUCAAAAUCCUCUCCACCGAGCACCUAGCGCUGAUACUUACUUCAGAAAGGGAACAGUGGACCUUGUCAAAUGCCAUUUGAAUGCAGUUGAUACAGAGGAUGAAGUGGAUGCUGUAUUUGUGAAUGCAAGCCUAACAGGAAUCCAACAGAGGAAUUUGGAACGUAUUUGGGGAAAACCUGUUUUAGAUCGAGUGAGUCUGAUCAUAGAGAUUUUUAAUGCGCAUGCCCAGACAAAGGAAGCCAAGCUACAGGCCGAGUUAGCAGCUCUAAUGUACAAGAGAUCUAGGCUUGUUCGUAUCCGUGGACCUGGCGGUCGCCAUACAUUCGGUUCAUCUGCAGAAGUAGUUAGUGCUAGAGGGAGAGGGAGUGGUGGACGCGGUUUCAUCAGUGGUGCCGGAGAGACUGAACUUCAACUUCAAAGACGAAGAAUAUUGGAGAGGCGGAAUCAGUUACUUGCAGAGAUUAAGGAAGUGCGUCGGACUCGAGCGGUGCAAAGAGCUGCUCGCAAGAGAGAUGGCAGAUCAGCAGAAUCAGCUACAAUUGCUGUAGUUGGCUACACAAAUGCUGGGAAAUCUACACUUGUUAGUAAGCUCUCAAACAGUCAGCUAUACUGUGAUGAUCGAUUGUUUGCAACAGUUGAUCCAAAACUAAGAAGUGUUUGUCUUCCUUCGGGGCGGAAGGUGCUUCUUAGCGAUACAGUUGGUUUUAUAUCAGAUUUACCUGUACAGUUGGUGGAGGCAUUUAAAGCAACCUUAGAAGAAGUUGUUGAGGCAGACCUCCUUGUGCAUGUCCUAGAUUCAAGUUCUCCUAAUGUAGCUGAGCAACGGGAUUCGGUGUUACAAGUCCUUCAUCAAAUAGGAGUAUCAAAUGAUAAACUUGAGAACAUGAUUGAAGUCUGGAAUAAGAUUGAUCUUCAGAGGACAGAACUUGGCUUAGAUGAAUGUGGCAAAGAUGAAGAAGUAAGAGAUUUAUUGGAUGAAAAUGAUGAUGAAUCUGACCAGGACGUAUCUGCAUUGGAAGUGUCUGACUGUGAGAAUGCAGUAGAUCAAACGUCUGAACUGUCACUGAAUCCUGAAGAACUGGAAGCCGAACAAGCUGAUCAUUCUGAUGGUUGGUUGCUAUCAGGGGAAGACGAGGACUUACUGGUGGAUGACGAAUGCUCCUCCACGAGACAAGACUCUCCUGAUUCUACAGAAAACUCUACCUUCAAAAACUGUACAGCUAUGGAUAACGGAUCUCAAUAUGCAGCCACUUCCCAAGUGCAAACAUCUGCUCUUACGGGAGUUGGCUUGCAAGAGUUGCUGGAGAUCAUUGAUAACAAAUUAGGGAGGCAAAGGGAGGAAGUUGUAGAAAGGAGUAUCUUCUUUAGUAAAUGGAGGCCCCCUCGAUCUGAAGAUACUAUGAACAGUUAG